UAUACAAAUCUCAUAUUCCGCGAUACAGACUGAUACAAUCGAGUCCUGUGGCUGUCUCGAGUUCGUCGCACGAUCGUUUCGUUUCCUGUACGCCAAAUCGGAGAACUGUAGAGAGAGACGAAGCGAAGGAAAGAGACGAUGAGGCUGCUGAGCCUGUUGGACGAUGAGAGGGACGAAGAAGAAAAGGGUAGGGAAAGAGCAAUGGUAAAUAGGCUUCGAGAAGCAGCCAGGAAAGGAUCAGUACCGUCUCUCCUUGAACUACUCCAAGAAGACCCUAAAUUCCUCAGCAAGAACACCCCUACUCUCUCAGGCACGGCCUUACACCUCGCUUCACUUCUGGGUCACUCUGCUUUUGCAAAAGAAGUACUGGUUCGGAAGCCAGAGCUUGCGGCCGAGUUGAACCCUGGCGGUUCUUCGCCUCUACACUUGGCAGCGGCGACAGGGUCCGUGGAAAUUGUCAAAGAUUUGAUGCUAGUUAACCCCGAUAUGUGUUUGGUGUGGGAUCGUGAGGGUAGGACUCCUCUGCAUCUCGCGGCGAUCAAGGGACGAGUUGGGGUGUUGACCGAGCUGGUCCGAGUCAGACCGGAGGCCACUCGGGUGUUCACCAGUGGAGGGGAGAGUGGGCUUCACUUGUGUGUGAAGCAUAACAGGUUGGAGGCUUUGAAAGUUUUGGUGGAAGGUAUUGGGGGAGAUGAUGAGUUCGUGAAUUGGAGGGAUUCAAAUGGUAACACUGUCUUACAUGUUGCUGUUUCCAGGAAACAAUCAGUGAUGACAAAAUUUUUGCUCAACCAGACAAAGAUAGAGGUAAAUGCCCAAAAUGCGAGUGGUUUCACUGCGCUGGACAUCUUAUCUCAAGGUCCUAGAGAUAUAAGAGACAUGGAAAUUAAAGUUUCCUUGAAAAAAGCUGGAGCUUUAAAAAUCAAUGAGGCACCAUCAAGUACCUAUUAUCCUGAAAUAGUCGAAAAUGCUCCCUUAACACAGCCAUCAUCCUCACAAGAAACGGGUGCCAAACAACCAGUUGUGAAACAUAAACACAUCGAUUGGUUGGGUAGGAAACGAAGUGCGUUAAUGGUUGUAGCAUCACUGCUUGCAUCAGUGGCCUUUCAAGCAGCAAUAUCACCACCAGGUGGUGUUUGGCAAGAUGACUAUUCAGUGGAUUCUGAGGGCAACCCUGUGGGAAAUCCGCACAAGGUAGGCGAGGCGGUGAUGGCUUAUAAUGGCACAGAUGGUUAUGGUCAAUUCAUGAUUUUUAACACCAUUGCCUUCCUUGCAUCAUUGAGCAUAAUAUUGUUGCUAGUUAGUGGAUUGCCUAUAAAGCGACGCAGAUGGAUGUGGAUUCAGAUGGUCACUAUGUGGAUUGCAAUCACAACACUAACUGGUACAUAUUUUCUUGGAUUGAUGAACAUGACACCGAAUCAUGAAAAGGGGACACUCUAUUUUUUGAUGAAAUGGUCUGUGAUCGUAUGGCUGAUGCUGAUGGGGAUUGUGUUUCUUGGUAACGUGGCUCGUAUGAUCUUGUGGCUCCUUAGAAAGUAUGGAUACAUUGAAGAAAAGCCAGAAGGGCCCUCAAUUUAUAUUGAGGAUGAUGAGAAUGAUGAACUUUGAAAGGUAUAUUGUAACACAGAAAUCAAAACAUACGUCUUAUUGCUGUAAUGCUUGAAUGCUCAUUUUCUGUUGAGCAAAUUUAAAUUAAACCAA